UCAUCCAUAGGUACGUACCCGUACAAUUACAAUUCUACAAUUCUCUCAGCCUCACCCAUCCAUCCAUUUUAAUUUUCUCAAUCUGACAACCUCAUUCUCCUUCAAAAAAGGCCACCCAGACGCACAAAAUACAGCAUCCCAUCUAUCGCGGACACCCCAUCUCUACACAAAACUAAAACGUCCACAUUAAACAUACCUUUUAUUCAAAAUGGCCCGAGGAAAUCAAAGAGAAAAGUCCCGUGAGGCUAAUGCUAAGAAACAAGCUCAACUUGCCGUAUGUUCUCUCUCAUCUCCCAAGUCCUCUCAUCUACUUUCAAAUUCCCCUCAAAAAAUCAUCUCCUGAUAAUCGCACAAAUCUCCUCCACCCCAUCUAUCCACGAACACUCACUAACCUCAUCUUCACAGAAAGCCGGAACCGGUAUGUCGAAAUCGCAGAUGCAGGCCGAGAAAGAUAAGACUCGAGUUCUAUUAAUGGAGAAGCAAAAGAAAGGUAGCCAGCUUCUCCUUCCUUUUCUAUCCAUACAUAACAUAACUAACACCCAAACCCCCAGCCGACGAAAGAAAAGCAGCCGAAGCCCUCGCCGCCGCACAAGCAAAGAAAUAGAUAUUCGAUACCUAGGUACUCAACAAGGAUAUCUUAAUCUUAACCUUAUCUUCAUCAUCACCUUCACCAUCCCAUCCACAACUCACAGAUGGAGAAAUCAACCAAAACAAGAAUUAAAGACACAACCUAGAGAAAGCAAGGAGUUUAAUUAGAGGAAAGGGCAAGAGGAAUCUCCAGGAAUUUCGGGACGAUUUCGAAUGAUAUCGAUACAUUUCAUUAAUACGUUUACAUUGGGAACCCCCAAGGUGUUGAGCAUGGAGCAUUCGGUCUUUCUGUUCUAGAACGCGUGUGGUUUAUCGUGCAUGCAUGUGCUGGCAGCGUCAUUCGUUGUUGUGUUGUGUGGGUGAUAUUCAUAUGGGUAGGCUUUAAUGAACUCUUUUGAAAAUUCUAUGGUG